AGAACCAUAAAACCAACCAACAUAAGGCUACAGACACUGCCAGCUAUGUCCUGCCUCUAAACAUAUACUCUUUUCUUUUUUGCGUUUUUACUAUCCACAAAUCAUAUUUUUUGCUUGUUUUUGUACCUAUCUGCAUUUUCUAACGGCGAAAAAAUCGUUUUGUGUGCUUUGAAGCAGUGGCCAUGUGUCUCCUCACGCAGGGAGAGAAAAGCUGUGGUGCUCGGCUGCUGAUGCUGCUCCUGCUAUGGGUCUCCGGUUGUUCAUGCAUGGACGUUAUUGUGCCCAGUAAAAUCAAUGUAAAGAAUGGAACAGAUAUCAAAAUCCCUUGCACAUUUACUUCCUGCUAUAAGAUAUUUGCACCCAAGUUUGUCAUGAACUGGACCUACCAAGAAACAGUCAACGAUACAGAACAGAUGUUUAUGGCGUACUACAAGAAGAGAGGAAUGGUGGCUUUGCGGUUUGCAGACAGGGUCAUGUUCGCGGGGAACCUGGAAAAGAAUGACCUGUCAAUCACUUUAUUAGAUGUUCAGGAGGAUGAUGAGGGGUAUUACCACUGUUACGUGAUAAAUCCCCCGGACCGCAUACAUGGACAUGGGGUCAUAAAGCUCAAUGUGUUUACGAAACUUCCCCCACCAAGGGAUUCCACCAUUGCGGUUGUGAUUGGGGCAUCAGUGGGCGGAGUGCUUGCCCUUCUAAUACUUUCCAUGGUGGUCGUGAAAUUUCUUCGUCAUCAUCUCAAACAGGAACUGAUCUCAGAGGAGAAGAUGGAGGAGGAGGGGAAAUUAGAGGCUGAAGGUGCCACAGAAGAGGGAGCAAAAUAACCACAUAUGGUCCAUCAGUCUAAACCAGUAGCCUGCAGAGCUGAUCACCCAGCACCUCUCCUGGUAAACUCAUCUUCCACAGCAUUUGCCUUGUCAUCAUAAACAUAAAGGGAGUGAUGUUAUAAUGUGGACCUGCAAUAAAAAUAUGGGAUGGAAAAUUAUGUGAUAGAUGAUACUGUAGAUAAGAUACAUCAUUUCAAGACUGACUAACGCAAAAACGUCCAUGUUAAUUGGAGACUCGACAUUGUCCACUGGUGUGAAUGUGAAUGGAAGGUCAUCUAUAUUUACACUAUAUUUAUGGACUGGUGGCCAGCCCAGAACAAGAUAAGCGGCAUAAAAAUAAAUAAAUUCCCAAUAUUGUUUUUCCUAACAUACACAAACAAUUGAUCAUUUGACUUCAUUUCAAAAGAUAUGUGCAUCUUUUCCUUGUCCAUAGGAAACACUGCUUGAAUUAUAAAGUGUUAUUCCUGCAUGUCUGUGUGUGUGUGUUUUGUAUGUACAGUGUGUGUGUGUGUGUGUGUGUGUGAGAGAGAGAGAGAGAGCGAGGGGAAUGCACAGGAAUAAAAGUCCCCAUCAAGUGUUGUGCCAUUAUUUGCUAUAUUCAGUUGCAAGUUCUAAUAUCAAGGGCUGGGUGGUAUGAAUAAAAAUUUCAGUGUACACCGAUUUUCACAUUCAUAUAACCUCGGCUUAUUAUGAGGAAUAAUGUGUUGAUUCAUAGCUAAAGGCUGGAGAUGUUUUGUCUGUUGAACAAAUCUCUCAUUCUGUCCUCAAAACCACUUCUUAUGGCCGUGUUCUUUAGGCUAACCUUGCACUAGAUUUCCCUUUCUGAUAGACUUUGUAUAACUAACUGUACUUCCUCCAAAGCCCUUUGGUUAAGCGGGCCUUAGAUCCCGACUUGUACAUGCUCCUGACAUUAAUGCACCUUGCCUGGCAACACCCACUCCAAAAUUGUAUAGCCCACGUGUGCGGUAACACAUACGUCGGGAUGUAAGGCCCACUUGUGUCAGGUUCCUGUUGUCAACAGUCUUUCUUCCUCUGGUUAAAUGCCAAAAGGACAACUGAACAGUUUGUUUCGCCUUUCCACCGCUGCUUAUGGAAAUAUUCAGACACAUUACGUACACAAAAGUAUUGGGACACAAGGUUUAAAGACCGAGAGAAAGUAACGAUGAAAAAACAUCGGAAGAUCCCAAAUUGUUGUCUGAAUGUUGCGCUAAAGGCUUUACACUGCAAAAACGGAAAUUUAAGAUCAAAAUUCAAGGUGAAGGGGCUGUACGGCGGUCGAGUGGUUAGCGCGCAGACCUCACAGCUAGGAGACCCGAGUUCAAUUCCACCCUCGGCUAUCUUUGUGUGGAGUUUGCAUGUUCUCCGGUCCGAUUUUCUCCGGGUUUCCUCCCACAUUCCAAAAACAUGCUAGGUUAAUUGGCGACUCCAAAUUGUCCAUAGGUAUGAAUGUGAGUGUGAAUGGUUGUUUGUCUAUAUGUGCCCUGUGAUUGGCUGGCCACCAGUCCAGGGUGUACCCCCGCCUCUUGCCCGAAGACAGCUGGGAUAGGCUCCAGCACCCCCCACAAUGAAUGAAUGAAUGAACCUUUUUAACCACUUUACCAAUCAUGAAAUUUGACUUAUACCAAGCAUAAAAUGCUUGAAACAAGUACAAUCGCCUUUUAGUCAAAUAGUUCUCUGGAGUAUAUUUAGUACCCAGAACAUCUGAAGGACAUAAAAUACAGUAAUACAGUCAUAACUAAAUGCAAGAAUGAAAUGAAAUUAAUUGUCAUUUAAAAACAAUAAAAGCCAACACGCUACCUUCCCAUAUCAAUAAUAAGACCACUACACUAGCCACGUUUACAUGAGAUUUUCCUCUUUCCGAAUGGAAUCUUUCCAAAUGACGUACCAGAAAACAGUGUAUACUACAUGAAAAGGAAUAUUCCAAUCUCCUGUCUACAUGCACCACUAUAAUCAAACAGAAUAGUCAAUGGGACAUGCGCAGUAAAACGUAAACAACAUCACAUGAUUCAUCAAAGAUGGCGGACAGGAGUGUGAUUAUCACGGUUGUUGGGACAGUUGCUAUGCUUUUUUUUAAAGCAGCAACUUGAACGUUCAGUUCUUUUAAAGUUUUUAUCAAAAACGAACUUUCCGCUGUAGUCCAGUGAUGACUGCUCGCCGCCAUUUUCAAAACCCGAGUUUUGACAUCUGCGUGUUACAUCACAGCUGAGCAUGCGCUGAAAGAACGCACCCUGACAACUUUCCAAUUGUGCGGGUACAAGAUACCUCAAUCGGAUUGGGGAAAGGAAUAUUCCACCCCAGUGAAUCCGAUUUUAUAUUCAUUCGGAUUGGCACUUUUCUUUCGGUGAGGUGUAUACAAAGGUUAGAUUCUUUCCGUUUGAGCAAAUAACUCGAAUGGAAUUGGAAUAUUUGGGUCCAUGUAUACGUGCCUACUGAUUAUUACUGUCGUUUUCAAAGGAUGAGCGAUCCGUCAGUGUUACCGUCUUUAAUAUCGGCCUGAUAUCAACAACAAAAAUGAUAUCGGCUUGCAUUGAUUUCAGUUUUUGCAAUGUAUCGCUUGAUUAGUUCAUCGUUGAGGAGUGUGUCCCAAAUCUUUAUUAUGCGUUUGAAUACAGAGUGUGCAAAAUGUGACCCAAAAGCUAUUUAUUGUCUCAAACUCAUUAAGCCUAAUUCAAUUACAAUUACAAUCCCCUGUAAUGUUGGAUGUAAAGUUAGAAGCUAAGAGGAUUAUCAGUGCAUAGAAAAGAUUAAUAUGCUUUUCUUGCACUUCUCAGAACUUUGUUAUCCUCAUGAACAUGUCGAAUCGAGUGUUCUGCAUUGCCUUAAAUGUCUCUCAGCUGCAUCAUGUCUCCUGUACGCUACUGUAAAUUAUUUAAACAUUUUACCUGCCCAGUUUAUACUAACCAAUGAAAGCCACAAUUGCUUAUAGCAUCAUAUCCCUUUAUACUUACAUAACAUUUCAGAAAUACAUACAUUUAACAAACAUAAGGAGAGCUUAAAAACGUUUGUACUAGAUGACCGUGUAAUGCAUCGUUUCUCAGUAGGUGCCUGCCUGUGUUUUUUUCCACAAGUGACAUUUAUUAUUAGAUCAAAGGCAUGAACAGUGUAGUAUAUUUCCCUGCAUGUAAAAAAAAAAAAAAUCACACCACCGGUGUCACCAUUCAAGUCAGCUACAAAAUCAAAACAGAAAACCAACAUGAGCAUAUCAAAGAUUGCAAAAUCUUUCACACUGCUGGCACUUUCUCGUCUAUACGGCACCUACAGUAUGUAUACUUUUAUUGCACAUCGAUAUUCCAUGUGUCUUUCAAAGUCUUAUAUUGCAAGCAUAAAUGAUAUCCAUCAAAAAAAAACAUUCUUUUGUGUGUGUUUUAAAGAUUUUGUACAUUGACACAUCAUAUUUGAGAGCAUGCCAUAAAAGUUGUAAAGGAUCGAUAUGAUAUACUGGAAUGUGUGGCUUUUUACAAUAAAACAUGGCAUGGUGAUUGUAUAAUUAUUUUUUUUAUGUUUGUCAUUUGAACAUUGUGAAUGUUAAAUAUUAUCUUAAUAAAGUAUAUCAUCAUUUUG